AUGUGGAUCGCCGUCUCACCUUCUACGCCGCGUGCGUUGACGCCUUCGACACCGGCGCGCGCUCCAUGCCGUCGCGGCGCCGUUCGGGCGAUACGAAACGUCGCUCGAGCGUCUACGUCGUCAUCUUUUCUCGUUUUAUCCGACGACGAGUCCCUCGCUCACUCUUGCGCACGAGCGGUGAAGACUUCGGCUGACGCUCGCGUUAUCAUUGUUAUCACCGAAAGCUCGACGGAAUCGCGCGAGACUGUUCGGGUAGAGCGCCGGGGGCCGGAUGCGUACGCGCUGGUUGCGAGCGGCGAGGACGCGGCGACGUGCGCGGCAGAUCCCACGGAAGGUUUGUUGGCCAAACUGGGCGCUCGGAUAGGGUUAGCGAUUGUGGCGACGCGAGAAGCGUGUCUGGGCGAGGAUGGUGAGACGAAGGCGGCGAUGCGAGCGGCGAGAAGGGUGGCGGUGUGCGGCGCUCCAGUGGUGCUCUUUUCGGCGCCGAGAGGGAGUGGAAAGCGCGAGGGCGCAGAUGACGAGAUGAGGUGCGAAUCGCUCAAUAGUUUGGUCAGCGAGUUAGUGUCGAAUGUGUUACCCGGCGACUUUACUCCGCAGAAUUCACCGCGGUCGCACUUUCCGUUUCCAACGCGCUCUCGAUGGGCAGCGCUCGGGACAACGCAGCUCGCGUUAGAUGACGAUCUCGCUGAGCAGGUGUUAUCGGACGUUGAAGAUUUCGCGGCAGCAGAUUGUUGGUCUCUCGGAGGACUUGGUACCACGCCGCACGCUCGCAGCACCUCCUCGAGCGCUGAGGAGACCCCCAAUUGGUAUCGCGAGGCGCUCCGAGACGCGUUUCGCGAAGCAGACGUCUUCGUGACUCUCUGUACGCCGCCAUCCUGGGAGAAUUCGGGUAAGCUUUUCGCCUCGACUCGACCCGGCGUGUUUUGGCGUCAACAGCAAGUGUCAGCGCGCGGCGACGGAGGAGCUCAGACGACAGUGAGAGACCCGUUCGGUCGAACGCUUCCGAUGCAAAACUUAUCGUCGUCUUCGCCGACGCGAGCCGACGAAUCAAACGCAAGAUUCGUACGUCAGCUCGCCACGGAGCGCGUCAUCGCCGAUAGAUGCGCCAUCACAAAUAUCGCCACCGACGUCGACGCCGAAGACAUCGCGCUCCCAUCCGAGUUUGUCCUCUCUCGAGGCGUCGUCGUCGCGGACGACUCUCCCUCCGGCGACGUCGACGUCUUCGCCCGCGGUCGCGCCUCCGUGUGCCUCCGUCAAACCUUUCCAUGCGGUCACGCGUUCGCUCUUCUCGAUCGCGCCUGCGUCGAGCACUUACGAGAGCGCUCGCCCACCGGAUUACCGCUCUGGACCGCCGACGCGGCGGCUCGCUGA